AUGCACAACAUUGUAAUUUUAGGAGGCUCCUCUCACCCACAAUUAGCCGAACAGAUUGCUUUAAGAGUUGGUGUGAAUCUUGGGCAUGUUAAAUUAUCAAAAUUUUCAAACAAAGAAACAAAUGUAGAAAUUCGAGAAAGUGUUAGAGAGAAAGAUGUUUACAUUAUUCAAUCAGGCUGCGGACAUAUUAAUGACAACCUUAUGGAACUUUUAAUUAUGAUAUCAGCAUGCAAAACUGCCUCUGCCGCUAGGGUAACCGCUGUGAUUCCUUGCUUCCCAUACGCAAGACAACCAGAUGCUCCCUAUAAAAGAAGUGGAGCUCCUUUAUCACAUAUACAAAAAAAUAACUUUACUGGUUAUACGUAUGACACGCCUGCUAUACUUGAUUCAAUUUUCACAACACCGUCAUCAUCUGAAGCAAAUGAUCCUUUCAGUGCUGCUUUUAAAAAACUUAGUGAACAAAAUUCGUUAACAAAUGGUGACGGAUCGUCAACUAGAGCAAAUAAUAAUGACGUUAAUAAUAGCAAUAAUGGUUAUAAACAUUGGAUUGCACGAUCUGGAACCCUUGUAGCAAAUCUUUUAACAUGUGCAGGAGCUGAUCAUAUUAUGACUAUGGAUCUCCAUGAUCCUCAAUUUCAAGGAUAUUUCGAUGUACCCGUUGAUAAUCUAUACAGUCAACCAUUAAUGAUAAAAUAUAUAAAAGAAAAUAUUCCAAAUUGGACCAAUGCAAUAAUCAUAUCUCCAGAUGCAGGCGGUGCUAAAAGAGCUACUUCUAUCGCUGAUAAACUUCAGAUUGAUUUUGCACUUAUUCAUAAAGAACGACGUUCUCAACAUGCACCUCACAAAAAGGAUAUGAUGUUAAUUGGAGAUGUUAAGGAUAAAAUAUGUAUUCUGAUUGAUGAUAUUUCAGAUACAUCAUACACGAUUACUAAAGCUGCUCAAAUACUUGUUGAAAAUGGCGCAAAAAAAAUUUACGCACUUAUCACUCAUGGAAUUUUAAGUGGUGAUGCUAUUCAACGAAUAGAGUCCAGUGUUAUUUAUCAGGUUAUUGUCAGUAACAGUGUUCCACAGGAUGAACAUAAAGCACAAUGUUCAAAGAUUAGGGUUUUUAAUGUUGCUCCUAUUCUUGCUGAAGCGAUCAGAAGAAUACAUAAUGGUGAGAGUGUUAGUGCUUUAUUUGAUAAUUGA